AUGAAAAGAGCUGCUCAGGCGACUGGAGUGUCGGAAGGCACUAUUAGGAAAAUUAAAAAUGAAGUUUCGACACUGGACAAAACGGAAGUUUUGAGUACUCCUGGAAAGCACCGUAAAAGGCCUAUUGACCGAAAUUGUGAAAUUGACGACUUCGACAAAUGUGUUAUUCGUCAAACAGUUCAAGAUUUUUACGUCCAGCAAAAGAAAGUGCCUUCUUUAAGAAAAUUACUUCCCGUAUUGAGAGAGAAGUUGAAUUUUCAUUGGAAUAAGGAAUCAUUGAGGAAAAUUUUGCAUUCAAUGAAUUUUCGCUGGAAGAAAUGCGCGAAUAAAAGAAAAUUUCUCAUCGAAAGACCUGAUAUUGUGUUUUGGAGAAACAACUACUUGCGAAAAAUGAGGCAGUACAGAAAAAGUAAAUGCCAGAUAGUUUUCAUUGAUGAAACGAGCCGAAAUAAAUAUAAAUCCAAAAAUCGAUUGAUCAUUGUGCAUGCUGGCUCGUCCACGGGAUUUAUUCCUGGCUCUCAAUUAAUUUACAAAGCGUCAACUAAAACUGGUGAUUAUCAUGGCCAAAUGAAUUAUGAAAAUUUUGAGAAAUGGGUGUUGGAAAAACUCAUUCCAAAUUUGCGCCCAAAAAGUGUCGUGUGCAUGGACAAUGCUCCAUAUCACACAAAAGUUGCAAAUCCGACACCUACCAAAUACAGUACGAAGAAAGAAAUGACCGAUUGGCUGAUUAAUAACGGAAUAGAAUGCGAUAUGAAAAUGAGGAAAGCGGAACUGUAUUCGCUAAUUGAUAGGAAUCGCCCUAAAGAAAUCAUAUAUAAAAUUGACAGCAUAAUAAAAGAAAAUGGGCAUUAUGUCUUGCGACUUCCUCCCUACCAUUGCGAUUUAAAUGCGAUUGAAUACGUUUGGUCUUCAGUCAAAAGACUCAUCAAAGAGAGAAAUAUAACAGGAGACUUAAGUUUAGAAAACUUACAGAAUCUGUUGUGCGAUGCUUUGGGCGGAGUGUCUUCCGAGGAAUGGGAGGCUCAUUGCCGUCAUGUGGAAAAACUUGAAAAUUCUUAUUGGGAAAAAGAUGGAAUUUUAGAGGAAGUAGUAGACGAACUGGUAGUUCAAAUUGGAAGUACUGAAUCGGAUUCCGAUUCAGAAGAAACGGAAUCAUGUGAUAGUGAUUCAGAAUUUUUUUAA